AUGUCAAACAAUAAAAAUAGAGAUACAAUUAUAAUUGGAUCAAGAAAGUCACAGUUGGCAAUGGUUCAAACAGAAUCUGUGAUGAAAUCACUACAAGAGCUUCAUCCAAAUCUAAAGUUUGAAAUCAAGACAAUGGAUACCGUUGGUGACCGUGUUUUGAAUGUUGCUCUCUCAAAGAUUGGUGAUAAAGGUCUAUUUACAAAGGAAUUGGAAGAUCUAAUGCUAUCUGGUCAUAUCGACAUUGCUGUACAUUCAUUAAAAGAUUUACCAACAAAAUUCCCAGAAGGAUUAUCAUUAGGUGCAAUUACAAAGAGAGAGAAUUGUUUUGAUGCUUUCAUUGCUCAUCCAAAGUAUGGUAAGGAUGCAAGGUUAUCAUCGAUGCCCGAAGGAGCAGUGAUUGGAAGUUCGUCACUGCGCAGAGUAAGUCAGUUAAAGAGAGCAUAUCCACAGUUACAAUUUAAGGAUAUCAGAGGAAAUUUAAAUACAAGAUUCAACAAGUUGGAGACAUCCGGUGAAUAUGACGGUAUGAUUCUGGCAGUUGCUGGACUUGAGCGAUUGGGUUGGACCGACAGAAUCACUGAGGUUCUUCAACCAGAGGUAUCAUUGUAUGCAGUUGGACAAGGUGCAUUGGGUAUUGAAUGUCGUUCCGAUGACGAGUUUGUACAAUCAUUGUUGGCACCACUCAAUCACUAUGAAACCGCGCAAUGUUGUGCAGCAGAGCGUGCAAUGCUCAGAGAGUUGGAGGGUGGAUGUCAUGUCCCAAUCGGUGUAAACACAACACUCGAACAAAAUAAUAGUAUAUUGUCGAUCGAAGGUGUAGUUUUAAGUUUAGAUGGUACAAAAUCAAUUCGUUUAUCACAUAGAGGUGAAAUAGAUCAACCGGAAAUCGUUGGAAAACAAUUGGCUUUAAUGUUGAAAGAAAAAGGUGCAACUGAAAUUCUAGCAGAGUUGGCUGCUACAGUCCAAAAUUCAUAA